AUGAAGUCCCCUUCUACCCCGGAGACUCACAAGAGCUCCAGCAGUCCCGAACUCGACGUUACUCCCCCUCCCACGCAGCAGAGCACCCCCUUCACCGAGCUGGACAAUACCGACCCUCAGUCUCGCUUCAAAAAAGCCAUGAACUACUCCUCGCUCUUCAACGACUCCCCCAGCAUUCGCAAGGACCGAGACUCUGGUCUUCAAAGCACUCUGUUCACGACCCCAGCGCCAGUUGGAUUGCCCACGUGGAACUCGUCGCUCGUUUACAACUCUCAAGAGCCCAUGGGCCAUAACUAUCCUGACUCCAAGGGCCCCGUAAGCGCCUUCGGUCAUGUGCUACCAGCUCAGGCUCAGCAUCCUCUCGCCCAAGAUGCUACGGCAUACAGCUCCCUGUUUGCCCGGCAAGCUAAUCCCGUCCGCCAGCCUGCUGUUCCUCCAAUUGACCACGCUUCUUCGGCGCGAAAGACUAACCCCGCCACUCUGGCGCCCUCUCCAGACAUCUGGAAGAGUCUCAAGGAUCACUUCCACCAUCUCGAAAUGAGCGAACAGCAAGUUCCUGCACCGGCACCCCAUCAAGCUCAAGCUCAGGUCCAGUCUCAGGCUCCCACUACAUUCACCCCGAGUGCCCAGCCCUUCCAACUUCCCAGCUGGCUCAACCAAAGCCUGCAACAGCAGCCUUUCAUCAACAACAAUCCUACUGGUACUAAUCAGUUGGAAAACCCAGCCUUUCGCCAACAUUCUACCCCUCGUGGCUUCAGACCUAUGGCUGCCAUUGCCCACACUCGCUCCAAUGUUGGCCGCGUUAACUGCGAUGAUGAAGCAGCCGAGCCUGUGACCUUCUCGGGCAACUACAAAGGCGAACACACGAUCCGCAAUGCCAGCGCAAUGAACCUCUCACCCGAGGAGAACUGUGCCCUUUGGCUGACCAACCUUCCACCGGAUGUCACUCAUCGCCAGCUACUCUCGCAGAUCCGCAACGUCGGUCGCAUCUGGUGCACCGUCAUCAACGAGCCUGACUACGAGCGCCAUGACACUGCCGCUGCCAAGGUCGUCUUCUUUACCCCUGGCCCCGCCCAAAUCCUUCUAUCCAAGUCCCUUACCCAGGGUUUGCAAGUCGGUAGCCACGCCGUCCGUGUCACCCACAACCGCGUCAAAUACGGCGAACAGCCUGUCGUCGGAGCGGCCUCACGAGUUCUAAUCAUCACCGGAAAAUCGAGCUUUGUCAACGCCGAGAGUCUGACCAAGUUCUUCAAAGAGCGCUUCGUCUUCGAGAUAGACGAAAUCACAACACUCAUCAUUCGCGGUGAAGCAAAGAGUGGCCGGUCCGUUAUCGAGUAUCGCUUCGGCAGCUUUCGAUGUCAGGCACAGAUGGGCAAGAUGGCGCUCGAGAAGGAUCGCCCUGAUGGAUUUGAGAAGGUCGAGUUUGGGGAGGAUCCAUGUGAGGUCGGAGAUACCCUCGCUGCCUACACCAUUGCUGCAGAGCGUAUCCAAGGAAAGGGGAUUUGA